ACGGAAACAUAUAUUUAUCUCAAUUAGAGCAAAUAAACUUUGCAAAGUACGAAGUACAAGACCUUCGCAUGAGAUUCACCUUCAACCGACCGGUUGAACCGGAUAUAUCUACCUACGAUCGAGUCGGCGAGAAGACGAUCGGCGUCCGGAACCAGAUCGAGGGUAUAACCGGGGGUCAUUACGAAACCGAUAGUAUCGCGCAUACGUAUCUAUAAAAGAGGGUAGAAGACGAGCGAGACUAGCACAGUCUACGAGUUUACCUUCGGCGGGACGUUUACGGGAAAGUUGUAUUUUACGUUCAAUUCGUACGUUGGGAACAAAGGCGAGGUCGCCUUCUUGUACCCCGAAGGACUCGCGGGCCACCACGAGGACACCGCUCGUUCGCGAUUGGAAAAGAGUGGAGGAAGGGCAACGCGCUGGAAAUUAUAAAAGAGCGAUUGACCAGCAAGAGUGGGGCAGUCGCUUCCAAGUGUGUACCUGAGGCACCACGAUCGGAGUACGUUUAUACAUAUUAUAGGAUACCUUUAUAAGACUGUGCUUAAGACAUAGAUCUCCGCAGCUUCGAUUUCGCGCGGUUCCUCAAGAAGCAAAUUGAAUCUCUGAAAAUUUAAGUAAAUCACUUGACGUCUUUCGAACAAAAGCAAGAUGGGAGCAGUCGAAUGGGCAGUCGAUGAGGACAAUUAUGAGUGCACUCUCUCGUCGGAGACGCAGAAGAUAGCGAAGGAAGAGCUUAGGGAGGACAAGAACACCAGAGAUCAGGCUCUCGAGCAGAUGCGCAAUUGGAUCAAGAUGAAUCCGCGCAUUCAGAAUUGCCGUCUCGAUGCACGAUUCUUACUAAGAUUUUUGCGAUGCAAAAAAUUUAAUGUCCCGAUGGCUCAGGAGGCCAUUGAAAGAUACCUGCUGCUCCGUCAGGUGUAUCGACAGGCAUUCCAUAAUUUGGACAUUACAGAAACGAAUAUGGCGGAAUUACUAUCAAUGGGAUAUCUCUUCGCUGCACCUGGUCGCGAUGCGAAAGGCCGUCGUGUUAUAAUCGCUAGACCAGGCGUAUUUGAUCCUCACAAAUACACGAACGUGGAUAUGUGUAAGAUCCAUGCCAUCACUUACGAGGCAUUGAUGGAGGAUGAGGAGAAUCAAGUGCGUGGCUUCGUGCAUUUCGCCGAUGGUGCCGGCGUCAGUUUCCCUCAUCUGACGCUUUUCACUCCCAAAGAAGCAGUGCGCAUCGUGAAGAACGGCGAGCGCACCGUACCGAUGCGACACAAAGAAGUCCAUGGGAUCAACGCGCAUCCCUCCCUGAAAUUUGCCCUGGACUUCGGGAUGUCGUUGAUCUCCGAGAAGAUCAGGAAUCGCGUGAAGCUAUACACGAGCCUCGAGGACGCAAUUAACAGCAAGCUAGACGUGAGCAUGUUGCCCAAGGAAUACGGCGGUACUAUCCCGAUGAAGGAGAUGAUCGAUCUAUGGCGGGAUGAAUUAAUAAAAUUGAAACCGACAUUAGUGAACAAUGAUAAGAUGAAUGUCUACCUCGAGCUAUACUCGGAGAAGGCGCGGGAAGGCGCGGUUUCCGCAUUGAAGCAAGGAUUCGGUUGUUCCAGCGUGGGAUCCAACGACACCACGAUGUGCGGCAUAAGCGGUUCUUUCAGGAAACUCGAGGUCGAUUGAUAUUUCAAAUAAUCCUUACUUAAACUUCUUUGCUUACGUUU